AGGAUGGCGGAAGUCUGUCUAGACACGACCACCGCCAUCAUGGAAUACAGGCCCACCUCACCCCGCGGGUGUAGCCGCUUCGUACUGUCGCUUAGGCCGACCCGCUCGCAGCGACAACCAGCCCUCUACCUCUUUUCGCUCUCCCUUAAGUAAUAAACCGUCUUUCCCUAUGACGAGUCUUAAACUCUUUGGGAGGAAUAAUGCCGGCGUCUUCCGGGACCCGACCUCGCCCCGUGACCUCAGAGGUAUACUUCCGGGACACGGAAGUGACCCCCCGUCGCUCCGCCCUCUCCCACUCUCUCUUUCCGGUGUGGAGUCUGGAGACGACGUGCAGAAAUGGCACCUCGAAAGGGGAAGGAAAAGAAGGAAGAACAGGUCAUCAGCCUCGGACCUCAGGUGGCUGAAGGAGAGAAUGUAUUUGGUGUCUGCCAUAUCUUUGCAUCCUUCAAUGACACUUUUGUCCAUGUCACUGAUCUUUCUGGCAAAGAAACCAUCUGCCGUGUGACUGGUGGGAUGAAGGUAAAGGCAGACCGAGAUGAAUCCUCACCAUAUGCUGCUAUGUUGGCUGCCCAGGAUGUGGCCCAGAGGUGCAAGGAGCUGGGUAUCACCGCCCUACACAUCAAACUCCGGGCCACAGGAGGAAAUAGGACCAAGACCCCUGGACCUGGGGCCCAGUCGGCCCUCAGAGCCCUUGCCCGCUCGGGUAUGAAGAUCGGGCGGAUUGAGGAUGUCACCCCCAUCCCCUCUGACAGCACUCGCAGGAAGGGGGGUCGCCGUGGUCGCCGUCUGUGAACAAGAUUCCUCAAAAUAUUUUCUGUUAAUAAAUUGCCUUCAUGUAAA